AAGAACCAACGUUUUAUUUGAACAACUCUCUUAAGCCGGAGUCUAUGUGGAAUUUGACAGAAAACAUUUCUUUAAUCGUGUCUUGUCUCGUACCUGGGAACCCAAUUCCAAUAAUCCGUUUGUUCAACGGAUUGAAUGAGUUAUCAUCAAACACGAGACACUCACGAUGGGCAAACCACACAAUUAUUUCAGCACGUUGCGAACACACAGGUCACUAUACAUGUACAGGACAAACUGAAGGAUUCGACAUCGCUAACAAGACAAUUGCAAUUAAUGUUACUUGUGACCUGCACGUUGAUAUAAACGGUCCACUCAAACUCAGCUAUAGUUCCACGAGUGGGGAAAAUGUCAAAGUAGGAUUGGCUAUUCCAGUUAUUGCAAAUCCCCCACCGCAGGCAUCGGAUAUCACAUGGAUGGGUCCUACUGAUCACUCAAUCAUAUCAACUGUAUCCCAGCGAGAUGUUGUAUAUAAACACUGGAUCAACACUUCUGUACCAAUAAAGAACCAUUCUAAUUUUGGAUAUUAUGUAAUGAAAUACAAGAACGAAAUCAUUCACAACAUUACAAUAAACGCACAAGACAGACCUGAACAGCCUUUAAACUUCAUGGCUUAUUCAUACGUCAGCGGAUACGUAAAUAUGACGUGGACAUCAGGAUUCAAUGGGGGCUCUGAACAGUACUUUAUCUUAUGGAUGAGGGAUGACACUGACUGGAAAAUUAUUGCAAACUUAACAGAUCCCGGGAAAGGAGGGACGGUGCAUUUUGAGCAUGGCCCUUUAACUCCAGGUCAGGAAAUUUGGUACCGCCUGGAGAGUUGUAAUAUCAUCAACUGUUCUAUACAAUCAAUUGAGAUGAAAGUUAAUGUCAAAGAUAUCUCAAGGGCAUCUUUGACUGGUAAAAGUGAGGAGUUAUACGCAGCAAUUGGGGUUUCAGCGGGAGUCUCCAUCCUUAUUGUAAUUUUGAUUGUUGUCUUGGUGAUUUUUAUUCGAAGAAAAAAUGAAAAGAAAAACAUCAUGGACAAUGAAAUCACACAAGAUGGGACAGAAAUGUAUGCAGUUGUUGAUAAAAGUAAAACAUCGAACGAUAAGAUGAAAGACAAAACAGGGACAAGUGGUGCGACGAAAGAUGACUAUGGCUAUAAUAGAAAUUCAACGAGUGGAAUGUACGCAGCUGUUGAUAAAAGCCUUCCAAAACAAAACAAGUUGGAAGCUACAAUAUCGACAAAGUAUAGCACGGACAAAAAAGAAGACGAAUCACACCAUGGUACAGAAACGUAUGCCGUUGUUGACAAGAGUAUCAUGAAGAAAUGUGGAGAAUCAACAACAAAGACCAAACUGGUUAAAACGAAGAAAAGUAAAGAGAAAAACAGUGGGAAGAAGGGGUCGUUAGAAGAGAAAAACGUAUCAUCUGUAGGCUCCCGUAAAACAAACGACGAGGGAUUGAUCUACAUUGACGUAGAUUUUACGAACAAACCCGAAAGCUCCGACACGAACCAGAAGCCCGUAAUACACGGCGAGGAAGAUCGAACAGAGUACACGUUCGUGGAUUUCUCAAAGAAAGCGCCACUUACACCGGAAACACACUACAAAGAGGGGAAGUAGGAUAUGGAAAGGAAGAUGUUUUUUUUUUAAUUUUAGCAGUAGAAAAAAGAACCUUUAUUUAAAUAUUUUUUAAAUAAAAGUACAAUUUGGUUUUUGUUGUAUAAUAAUGGUAUCUCAAAAGGUGUGUUAAACUUAACGGAAUGGAUACUGGAAGACUCUUUCUAACCUUCUAAUCUUUUCUAAUCUUUCUUACGGAUUUUAUGCUUGAGAAGGCGUCGUAUUAUUACCGCGUAUAAACAAAUAAAAUAAUUACCUGCUAUCAAUAUUGGCUCUUUUACUCGUCGAAUUAAUGCUUUAAUUUUCUGGUUCCUCUAGUUAGAUAGUUCAUAACUUCACUACCUAUAUAUUCCGUAUUCCGUUUGUGUUUUAUCGAUUUUAUAAUGUUUUUGCCAAGAUGAAAAAAUAGAUCAAUCAUUUUAGACCUUUCUUUUUCUAAUUGCAUUCUCUUCAUUAAUGCGAAAAAAGCAAAUGUAAAACAAUAUAACUUGCAACUCUCAUGUUGUCAUAAAUUGAUAAUUAACAACUUGAAUAACUAAUACAAUUUUGAUUUUUUUUUUGUGGUAUUGACUAUAACAACUCUCUGAUUGGAACAAUUCAACUAAGACAUUGUACUGUAACAUAGUUGAUUCGUCAUAGAUCACAGCAUCUUUUUGAAAUCAAUUUGAUAUUAGGGUUUGAGAAUAAUGCCGAACAAUAUAAUAAGCAUGUGUAUGCAUCAAACUUAAAUUCUUAAAAGAUGCCGACCAUGUCUGGGCGCACUUUUUUUGUGAUGCAAAAUAAACAUAUUGUUUUUUAAUAUUGAAUGCCAAAUAUUUUUGGAACAUAAGACACUCUCUUUAGAAUUUUAUUUAAUAUGAUUAUUUAUUUGGUAUGUUUUUAUUUUGUUAUUUGGGGUUUUGCUAUUUUUUUUUUCAUUUUUUUUUGU